GUUCUCAAUAAAUUUUCCCUAUACCUAUACUCGGCACAGUAUUAAGGUAAAAAAUUCUCGCUUAUAAAUUGCAACAUCCAACAUCAUAAAAAUGCGUUCUUCAUUUUUUUCCAGAUUCCAAUAUUAUUAGGCAAUUGUGAAUCAUAUCUCAUACGCGUCUUAAUGUGGCACCUUUAUCAUCGCGAAUACACAUAUAGGACAGUUAUUGCCGACAGACGGAGCAUUGUCCUGUCCGCUUGUGGCGAAGCGAUAUACACGAAUAACCACAUGUGUACGGUAAGGUGGUAGGUGGUAGGUUCGAAGUAAAGCGUGCAGCAGCGAGUGGGGCUCUCAGAGAAAAAGAGAAUCAAGAGAGGAACGGUGGGAGAGAACGAACAACUCAAGCACGUGGAGCUCCGUGUCUCGUUCAGUAGUUCUCCUUACAGCCUUCGGACAAUUUCGUAGCGAGUAACUGACUGAGGAUUUGAACUUGAAAAUAAAUUCGGCCACUGACCUUGAUAUUUGGUCGAGACAAUUUGAAACUGUGAAACCAUGUGACUGUAAUUGGGAUUUUAGAUUGCGCGAAUACAAAGAUAUUUUAUAUACGCAUAAAUAGGUGUAAAACGUGCAUAAAAUAUUUAAAGAAAAAAAAAAAAAAACAAUGAUUGGCCGCACCGGAAGUUUUUUACUCCUCGUGAUUGUUGCUGUCAUUUCCGGUGUGACUGGUAACGUUCUAAAUGAUCCUUAUCAGCGGCUUCCGGCUCGUGAAAAUUCUUGGCCGAGUUUUCAGAUUUCCAAAACACUUUUGGCGGCAAGACAUUCUAGGGAUAGUUUACCCAGUGCGAGGCUGGAUCGAAUGAUUAAGGCUCAUCCACAGGAUCGGACGAGACUUCACGUUGAAAAGGAUGUUAAUCAUUCAUAUAGAAACGCGCAAAGUUCAAGUUUUGAAAAGGGAUUUGAGCAGCCUUCUAGGACUGACAGAUUAACUGCCGUGGCUCGAUCUGAAGGUGCUGGGACCAGGGCUGUUGCUUAUGCUGGUUAUCAUAGCAAUCAUCAUCAACAUCAUCAUCAGGGGAGGGAAUCGUAUCUACAGGGCUUUCAAAACGCAUCUCCUGUACAGGUGUAUACGAAACAACACCCUGGGAGGAGAGUAUGCACGAGACAAGCUCCAAGUGCUGUCGCGCAGCAUCAUCGAGGAAGGCAGAUACGAGUCCUCUAUACGGAAGUGUCUUCUGGUUUUUUGUGCUGUCCUGGAUGGACGCAAGUGACGCGGUUCAGUUUUGGCUGCAACAAGCCCACUUGCUCCUUGCCCUGUCUAAACGGCGGUACCUGCACUUCACCAGGGAGGUGCACGUGUCCUAAGGGUUUCACGGGAAAUCAAUGUGAGACAGAUGUGGACGAGUGCGUGACCGAGAAGCCCUGUGGGCAGCUAUGCAGAAACGUCCUUGGUAGCUACGAGUGCAACUGCAGACCCGGUUUUCAACUGCAACCGGAUGGUCAAUCCUGUCGCAAAAGCGACGGAAAUGGUACGGCCUUCGAAGCUCGCGAUUUGGAAAACGACUACGGACCCACCACGACGAAAAAGCCGUCGAUACAAGAUAGUGAGAAUGAGGUGGGUGAUUCCGAUCUCGAUCAGGAUUACGAGAUUAUUCUUAAGAGACUGAUCAAACUGGAGAAGCAAUUGGCACGUGAGAAGAAACGGGAUACUAAGAACACGGAGAUGAAUACGAAAAUGGACAUGACUGUGGAACGUAUGAGGAAAAUGAGCAGGACAGUUGAUAACAUGCUGGUUAUGAAACAAGAAAUGAACGACAUGAAGAACCAGAUGAAGCUGUUUGAACAAGAGUCUAGGAAAAUUCAGCAAUUGGCAAACAGAAUUGCUGAACUUGAGAAUAGAUUGAUUGUACGGUGUUCUCCGGCUUUACCGAUUAAUGGGAGAAUGAAUUAUUAAUUAAUAAGAUUUGCAUGGAAAGAAUGAUUGA